AUGACAUCAACACCAACAAUCCUCCUCCUAGGAACAUGCGACACCAAACUCCCCGAACUCCUCUACACAAAAUCAGCCAUCCUCGCCCAAGGACCAAACAAUGUCCUAAUACUAGACAUCGGCCGAAUCCCCUCUUCCUCCUCGGAAGUAGAUAUCAAACAAUCCGACCUCCUCGGCGCCCCACUCCUACACCAUGAUGUCAAACAAACAACUACCCCGCCACCACUGCCACCGACAUCGGGAAAAUCAAAAUCAAAAGAAAUAAACACCCUCGAUCGCGAUAGCUAUAUCAAAACCCUAACGCCCUACGGGGGAUCGUGCGGCACGGCGCUCGCUACCGGCGCCCUGCGCGAUGGGUUACCGGUUGGAUUUCCGAAGUUGAUGGUUUCGACCAUGGCAUCUGGGGAUGUUGGGCCUUAUAUUGGGGAAACUGAUAUCGCGAUGAUGUAUAGUGUUGUUGAUAUCGCGGGUCGGAAUCGAGUUUUGGAUAUGGUGUUGCGGAAUGCGGCCGGUGCUAUUGCUGGGAUGGGACGUGUUUGCUACUGUCAGCAGAUUAAACAGCAGGAGGCUGCGAGUAUCGAGAUCGAGGGUGAAGAUAACUCGGAAGCUACUAGUACUGUGAGGAUCGGGAUUUCCAUGUUUGGCGUCACGACACCUGCUGUUACUAUUGCUCGAAAGCAUCUCGAGUCUAUACUGCCCGGUUGUGAGGUGUAUGUUUUUCAUGCAACCGGGUCUGGGGGUCGAGCUAUGGAGAGACUUAUAUCUGAGGGGCAGCUGGAUGCUGUUUUGGAUUUGACGACUACUGAGAUUGCGGAUGAGGUUGUGGGCGGAGUACUGAGUGCUGGGCCGGACAGACUGGUUGCUGCGACGAAGAGAGAUAUACCGCGGGUGGUUAGUGUUGGUGCCUGUGACAUGGUCAAUUUUGGCACCUUUGAUUCGAUUCCGGAGAAAUUUGCGAAUGAAAGACUCGGAGCGCAGCGGGUGUUUCAUCGGCAUAAUCCGACUGUUACGCUUAUGCGGACUACUGUGGAGGAAUGUCGGGAUAUUGCGAGGGUUAUCGCGAGGAAUAUUCGGGAUUCUUCGCGGACAAAGGUCUUGCUGCCGAUUGGGGGUGUGAGUAUGGUUGAUAUUCCUGGACAGCCGUUUUGGAAUCCGGAUGUUGAUGAAGAUUUCUUCUCUACUCUUGAAGAGGAACUGUCUGACAGUGGGAUAGAGAUUGUGAAGGAUGGGCGUGAUAUUAAUCACCCGGAGCUUGCGAAACUUGCAGCGGAGAUGUUGAGAGAUUUGAUAAAAGUCUCGAGAUAG